UGUGAACAGGGAAAGCAGGAGGCAGCAGAGGUCUGGGCUUGUCCUGGCACCUGGCUUCCGGCCCGCUGAGUUCAGGAAGCAGGAGGGCUGAGGGGUGGGCUGCUCGUACUCCCGACCCCAUGCCCCCCAAGACCUCCUCUAGACUUUGUUUCUGCUGCCAACGUUCUGCUGGCACUGUCAGGCCCAGGGACCUGGCUGGGUCCAGGGACUGGGUGAGAGGGCUUGCGUGCUGGACAGUGGCAGCUUUCUGCAGACGAUGAGGGGGCAGGAGGAUAGGCCACACGAUGUGGAAGUGUCAGGGGCUGGCGCCAGCGGGGCCCCCUCAGAACCUCACUUCCUCACCAGUAAAAGGAUGUUGGAAGGGGCCAACUCAAGGGGCCAUGACAGCUCCUCUCUCCCCUGAAAUCUGCCUCCAAGAUCAGGGCAAUCAGGUCACCACCUUCAGGAAGCCCUCCCUGACUACACUGUCCGAUGACUCCCAGGUCUCCGAGAGCUCCUGCCAUGGAAAUCGCCCACUUUCUCGCACAAGUAAACUGUGUCUGACGCUGCUGUUGAUGGUCCUGCUAGGAAGCCCCCGGGACAGGCAGCUCACAUCUAGGUGGGCAGCCCUGGCCCUCACUGGCAGUCCUGUCAGAGACAAGGCUUUCUUCCCAUGGAACCAGAACCUGGCUGCCACCUCUGCUUCAGUAGGUGUCUGUCCCUGCCUGCAGGGCGUGCGGCCAGUGAAGCCUCAGGUGCCCCAUGAGGAUGGGCCAGGGGUGCAGGGGUGCCCUCCAGCCCCAGUGAGGGGAGCCUGCUGCCCAGCAGCCUCACACCCAGACUUCCACUCCUGGUCUGCCCAACACCCCUGGACCCCUCAGCUCUACCAGGCCCUAUGGGAAAUCCAAUCCCCCAAACCCGUUUUCCUAGUAGCUUCCAUGCCCCCUGGCCUCGGUGAGUCACCCCUCCCCACCUGUGAUUCCUACCCCCCCACCCCAUGCCAGUCACCACUCUGUCACCGAGCCCUACGUCCUGGUUCCCGGGGCCUCUGGGGCAUCCUCCUUCUACCGGCCCAUGAAGGGCUGUGCCUGAUGAAUUCCAGGCCUCAGAGCUUGGAGUGACUUCCUCUCUCUGGGUGAGGGCACAGGUCCCCCAUACUAACUGCCUUGUCAAGAGAGACCCCAGCUACCCUAAAUAAGACCCAGGGAGCCUGGGACCAGCCGUGGGACAGGCUCAGGAUGCUGAUGUGGGGCUGCCUCAGGGGCUCCUGCUUGCACCCUCCCUGCUCCGCCAGGGUCCUGGAAGGAACGCCACACCAGCCCUGCACCUCUGGCCAGGUCUCACCAGGUCCAGUAACAUCUUUAGGGAGGGCGGCCCAGAGUGUCAGGCAGCAGGUCCCUGGACCCCUGGCACCAUGAGGCAGCCCACCUCGCCCAGGUGAGGCCCGGCUCAGGAGCUGGCUUGUCCAGGCCAUGCCAGGAGGAAGGGUCAAGGGCUCCCAGAGCUCCCCGGCCUGAGCCCCCAGUGUUACCAAGAGCUGUAGGCUGGCUCUGCCCCCUGCCCUCCCUCCAGCCCAGGGCCACCCUCCCUGCAGUAGGUCCUGCCCCUCCAGUUCUGAGCUCUGUGCUCAGAGCUCAGGCCCGACUCACCGUCAUAGUCAGCGUGGUCUGCCAGGAUAGGGUCAGGGGGAGGCCUCUGUAGAGCUCCCCUCCACAACCCAGUGGGGUCCGCCGGGCACAGGAAGGUCCCAGGGCCAGCAAGCGGACAGGGAAACCUUCGGGGAAGGGAGGGCAGUGCCUGUGCUCAGGGGCCAAGUCUCCCCCUGCCUCGGGCACUGUGAGACAGUGAAGUUGGGGGGCUCUACCCAGCACUCACCGCCCCUGGUCCGGAAGAGCUCACUGCCCUCAGAGACCAGAGCAGGAGAUGGAGGGGCCUGGUCCCAAAGCAGGAUGAAGGCUGCUUCCCCUCCAGGAUGGCCGGGGGCUGGAGCGCGGCGGAAAGACAGGGCUGGUGGAGGCAGGGCUGGUGGAGACCCAGGGGCCCUCAGUUUCCCUUGAGUCUCUGCCUCCACACCCUUCCCUCUCCCAUCAGCCCUGCCCCCACCCCUCUCCCAGAUGUGCCUGGUCCGGCGCUCGCCUCUCUGCAGGCACAUCCACGCGCUUGGCCUGCUGCCCGCCCGCUCCCGGGAGGGCCUCUUCCUCCCUACCCCGACAUCCUGAUACCUCAGCAAGAUGCCCUGCUUCCAUGGGGGUCCUCUUCCCAGGGCUCCAUGGGUGGACCUAGCAGUCCUGAGCCCCGAGCCCAGGAAGGCAGGGCCAGCGCCUACUCCUGCCUCGCUAGCCCCGGGGGCACAGCCCUGGGCACCCACAAGGCACCUGCUUAGGCUUGUGACUCUGUUGACCUUAUCUGAGGGUGGGGGGUGCAAGGGAGGGAGUGGAAGGUCCGACACAAAGUGAUCUAGGGACGGACAGAGAGCCAGAGAGAGGGAGACAGGCAGUAAGCCGCAGAGUCAGCUGAGGCUUCUGUCCGUAGCCCGGAGAUGGGGGAGGGCAGACCCCUGCCCUGGGGGGUAGGCAGCCAGGGGUCAAGGUCCCUCCAGGUGGCCGUGGCAGGGGCAGCCGGGCGCUGGGCUGGUGGGUGUGGGCCAGCCAGGGUGGGGCAGAUGGAAUGCCGCCCCCUGGCUGGCUGCCCACCUUCACCCCUCCCACCAGCACCUGUCCCAGCUAUAAAGCCUCCAGAGAGGAGGGGCCCCACUGCUCCCAGAGACGCCCCAAGAUGAAGACAGCCCUGCUGCUCCUCGUUGCUCUGGCAGUGGCUGCCGGGCCAGCCCGUGCUCUCCGCUGUCACGUCUGCUCCAGCUCCAGCAACUGUGAGAACGCCCAGAACUGUCCGGCCAGCGCGCGCUACUGCAGGACCAGCACCAAGAUGGAGCCCCUGAUGGGGAACCUGGUGGAGAAGGCCUGCGUGGAGUCGUGCACGCCCAUGCACAGCCUGCCGGGCCAGGUGAGCAGCGGGGCGGCCACCACCCUGUGCUGUCAGGACGACUUGUGCAACCGGAGUCUGCAGAGCCGCGCGCCCGCCCGCACCCCGCUCCCCAGCACUGCCCUCGGCUUGGCGCUGGCCCUCGGCCUCCUCGCCCUCCUCGUGGCCCCCAGCCUGUGACCUCCUGCGAGCAGGGGCCCCCAUCCCUUUCCCAGGGGACUUCCAUGCGCCCGGUCCCUUCCUUUCCCUGCCCUGGGGGGACUCCGCAGCCCCUCCCAUGGGCGCCGUGAGGGGGAGGUUGGGACACCCCGGGCUGAGCCUGCUUCUGAAGUUCUGGGGGCCCCCUCCCCCAAGACAGGAGGAUGUAACCUCCCUGAACAGCAGGAAGGCAGGAGGCAGGAGGCAUUCUGACCCCUUCUGAUUUGACAUUAAUUCUGUUCCGUUUCCGUUUGUUUUUCUACUUGCAUAGGAAUAAAUGCCUGAAAAUCA